AAUGCUUAAGUUAAAUUCAUUUUUCCUCCUUGUUUUAUUUCUAAAACAAGUUAAUUUUAUUCAUUCUGCUAACAAUAAGGAAGAAAUAUCUGAAAAUGAUAUACCGCAACAACAACAACCUUCUAUACUUUCUCAAAAUGUGCCAAAAUUUGCUAAUGCACAAGAUUCAUCUACGGAAAUGCAACACGAAACAAAAGACAAUCUUGCUGAAGGGAAUGAUCGAAAUAAUAUAGAUGAAGGUGAUGUGGCGAAUGCUGGACAACAAUCGAAUGAUUUAAACGAGAUGAUCAAUCAAAUUAAAGAAGUGGAAAUUAAUGAACAGUUGGAGUUGAAUAACGAUUUAUCUUCCCUUAGUGAAGGAAAUCCCGAGAGCGGUAAAAGUGAAGAAAAUAUUCUUAGCACCAACCUAGUGGCGACUACAUUAACUACCCCAAUAAAAGGCAGCAAUAAUGAUGUUGAUAAUUUACCAGAGUUAGAAGUUUCAGAAUUAAUAUGGAAAACAACUGCAAAACCACCACCGGAUCCUCGAGUGUUUGACGAAAUUGAGAAAAAAGCAAAUCGAACAAUUGAAAAUAUUUCCUUACUAAAGGGAGAUGAGAUAAUUUCUCAACAAAGUGAUACUGUUGAUAGGAAUAUUUCAAAAGAAAAAAUCAGCCUCCCUGAUAAAACGUUUACAUACGCUAUACCUGAACAAGAAAAAGAAGUGGAACUAAAGUCAAGAUCAAAUGAAAGAGAAAAUAAUAACAAUGAAGAUUACUUUAAUAGGAAAAAUACACUCCAUUCAGUCGAAGAUGAAAAAACAGAUUUGCAAGUAAAGAAUCAUGAACAAUUCGAUCCCCACAACUCUCCAAAAGAGAUAGUUGCUCCACACGUAGAUCAACAUCCUUUGAAAUUAACCGAAAAGAAUGUUGGCGUGGAUGAGAUUAACAAUAAAUCGGAAGAAAGCGAAGAACAAAAGGAAAAUCAUGUGGAAGAAUUAUCCCUUUGGGAGAAGAUUUUGCUCGGUCUCCGCUGUGCAAGGCAGGAUUGUCAAGAUGCAUUUAUCAUCGAAGAACAAGAUGAACAAUCAAAUAAACAGAGAUUAAUCAAAGGAUGGAAAAUAACGAGAGCGCGGCGAGAUUUUGUUUGUCCAUGCAAAAAUAUUCCCUUGUGA